AGCUGUUUGUAAAAGGAGAGAAAAUAGCGGGAAUGAAUGCUGCGUUUGUAUCCUAUCCUUGUUUGCCGCGCGUUUUGGUAAACAUUCCGAAAUAUUAGUGAUAGACUUGUUUGAUUAAAUUUGAAGUUUGAAUUUUUACAAUUUGCUUUAGUUGGAUUAGUUACUUUAACUUAUCGAGAACCAUGCCAGAUAGGAAUGAAGUGUGUGAUUUUGUAUGGCAGUAUGAAAAACGGAAAAGAUGGAUUACAUAUGCAGUUGAUGAUAUCCAGCUUAUUAAUAAAGCUGUCCAAGCAAAAGUAACAAGUGUAUUAUUGCCCGGUAGAAAUUCAAGAAAGCAGUUUAUUGUUGAUUUAGAAAAAAUGGUACAAAGAAAUAAAGUUACUUUGUAUGAACAAAGAAUCCGUUGUUUGGUUAAUAAUUCUGGUUGUAGUGUUUGGCUUUGGAAAGAUAACCAUGAAAAUUGGAAUUGCUAUAAACCAUAUUUGGCCUUUUAUUUAGAAAUAGCUUUUCAGAGAAAUGAUAAAAUAUUCAGAUUUCAUGAUAAAGGUGAUUACGAAGUAAAUUUUGAAACUUGGCUACAGACAAAUGAAGAUACAUUAAAUACUAAUGCUAUUAAACGAGAAAAUGUUGAAUUUGCUAUUCCAACAGAACUGAAGAAUUUAUGUGACCAUAGUGAAAUUCUUCUUAAGCGAAUAUGUUCUAAUGAUAUACCAAGUGCCAAACGAAUAAAAAUAGAUUUAAAAGAUGACAAUACUGAUGAAAAUGGAAUCAUCAGUAUAUCUGCAAAUGCUUUCAAUCCAUUAAAUUUGAAUGAUUCUGUGAAUACAGAGUUAAUUGAGGCGUCACCUAGUCGUCAUAGAAUAGUUCCUGUAGAUCAAGAAUGCCCAGAAAGAGAAAAUUUCCAUAUUUAUUGUGAAGGGGAAAUAAUUUAUUCUGCAACUUUAAACCAAACAAACAUGCAGAAUAAUAAUAAUAAAUAUUACAUAAUCCAACUGUUAGAACACAACAAAAGGAAACAGUUUGCAGUAUGGCGGCGUUGGGGACGUGUUGGACACAAAGGUCAGCGUGAUCUCUCUAAAUUUGGGAGUAGUUUGCCAGAAGCUAAGGAAUCCUUUGAACAAAAGUUUUAUGAUAAGACUCGGAAUAACUGGAGUGAUUUAAAGAAUUUUGUUCAUGUCAAAGGAAAAUAUGAUCUUCUACAAAUGGAUUUGUGCCAUGAACAGGUAAAAGAAAUAAAAACUGAUGUAAAAUCAAGAUUGCCAUCUGAUAUACAGAAACUUAUGGAAAUAAUUUGUGAUAAAAAAAGAAUGGAAGAUAUACUGAAGGAAAUGUCAUAUGAUUCUGCACAAACUCCUCUUGGAAAAUUGACUUUGAAACAAAUAAUUGAAGGCUAUAUUGCAUUAAGGAAAGUGGCUGAUAUUUUAUCUGCUGGUGGAAAAGGGCCAUUGCUUGUGAAUGCGUGCAAUGAUUUUUAUACAAAAAUUCCUCACAGUUUUGGUAUGAAGGUUCCACCUGUUUUACGAACUCAGCAUGACAUUGAUGAGAAAUUAAAAAUGUUAGAGGCCUUAUCAAAUAUUACUAUUGCAAUGAGUGUUCUGAAUUCAACAUCUAAUGGAAUUGAGCAUCCUCUUGAUAAAUAUUAUCAAUCUCUGGAUUGUUCUGUUGAAGUGCUGAGUCGUACAAGUGCUGAAUAUGAGGAGCUUGAAAAAUGUUUAAAAGGUACUCAUGGACCUACUCACACCACUUAUGAAUUAGAGAUAAUAGAUGCUUUUAGUUGUUACAAGCCCAAAGAAUAUGCAUCAUUUCAAGAUUCUGAAAACAAGUUGCUUUUAUGGCAUGGUUCAAGACUGACAAAUUGGAUGGGAAUUUUAAAAGAAGGGCUUCGCAUAGCUCCACCAGAAGCUCCGGUCACUGGUUAUAUGUUUGGAAAAGGAUUAUAUUUCGCUGAUGUGAGCAGCAAAAGUGCUAACUAUUGUUUUGCAACCAAGAAGAAGAAUGAGGGUCUGCUUUUAAUGUGUGAAGUGUCGGUUGGCAAUCAGUAUCCUUUGACUGCAGCUGAUGAAAAUCUACCUUUAGGAUUGCCAUCAGGAUUUGACAGUGUUAUAGGUAAAGGCUCAAUAACUCCUAGUGCAUUUAAAACGGGAGUGCUAUCACCUGAAGCUAAAGUACCAUCUGGACCCCUGAUUGAAGAUUCUUCUUAUGAGGGUACUUUGAAUUAUAAUGAAUAUAUUGUCUAUGAUGUAAAGCAAGUAAGGAUGAAAUAUCUGCUUAGAGUCAAGUUUAACUUCAAGUAAAAAUGUUACAUUUUCGGAGUUUCAUAUUCUUUUGAAUGUUUUUAUAAAUGUUUGCACUUAAGUAGCAUAUUUUGUAUAGUUAUCUCAAUUUCAUCAGUAACGGUUUUUUACAAUUAUAAUAAAUUAUAACCAUUUGAUUUCAUUUAUAAUUUCUUAUGUGUUCAUAUGAUCAAGUUUUAGAUUCUAUUGUUUAAUAGUCAAAUAUACAGUUUUACCUCUAUAUAACUAACUUGAAGGUUUCUUUAAAGAAUAUUUGAUACAUUGUAUUGAAAUUUGUUCAUUUUC